GGUGGUGAUUUUAUUAACACGGAACGACACGCAUUAGCUUCCAGUCAUGUUCGGUGCUUGUUAAUGUUGUCAGGUUAUAGCCGAGCCCCUGGAGGCUAACAGCUAGCAGCUACUGGAACAGAUAGAGAAACAUUCAGCUGCUAAACACACUUCAUAGGUCCGGAAAAGAGAUUUAGGCAUCAAAUAGGUCCUGUUGGUCAAAUAGGUCAUAGAAUGCAGAUAUUCUGAGUUUAUAGUAAAGCCAGUGGCGGCUGGUGAAAAAUAUUGUAGGUGGGUCUGUGCCACAUCAAGUCAGUUUCAGUAACCAUCCCGAUACAACUGAACAGAAACGGCAGGAUAUCAGUGCUCUGUGAAAUAAUAAUUAUUUAAUGCCAAUAUUAAUAACUCGAGGCAUUUUUGCACAAAACAUGCACAACAUAUUGCGUAACCACAAUUUUGGCAAUAAAUUAUAUAUACAGCUGAGCUCAUGAAACAGUGCAUUAGUGUUGAACUGACGACUCAAGUAUUAUGUUAAGAGUUAAGUAUAUUAAGAAAUUAAUACUAGAACAGAAAAAUGCUGUACAGUAAUUUAUGAUAAAGCUAAAUGUUACUAACUGAUCAGAACUGCAACAAUUAAGUGAUUUUUCAAUUAGCAGACAAAGAAAAAUACAAUCUGCAACAAUUUGGAUGAUUUCAACAUUUCAGUGAAGAAGCCAGAAAAUGAUGAGCAGAUUACAUAAGAAACACUAUUUAGACUAAAUAUCCACAAAUUACUCAGUGCAAUACAUUGCUGGAUGAUGUGCUAAAGUCAACUUUAUACAAAGAAAAAUCUGGUCAAGGGAAUAAAUGUGUGUUUACAGACAGACAGUACUCUUCUGUUGAAGAUUACUUUGCAUGAAUAUGAAACAGGCCUGGACAAAAAUGAUGGUACCCUUAACUUAAUAUUUUGUUGUAUAACCUUUUAAAGCAGUCACUGCAGUCAGGUGAUUUGUGUAACUCUCAGUGAGACUUCUGCACGUGUGGACUCCUGGUGAGCAAACUGCUCCAGCUGUCUCAGGUGUGAAGGCUGUCCUUCUCCAGACUGCAUGUUUCAGCUGCUUCCACAGAUGUUCAGUAGAAUUCAGAUCAGGGCUCAUUGGAGGCCACUUCAGAACAGUUCAGUGUGUAACUGUGUGUCACUCUUCAUCUCUUCAUCUAGCUGCGUCGCGAUGUUAGCCUUGCCUAGCAUCGUUAGCUUAACGGUGUUCUCCAUAUGUGCCCUCCUACUCUCGUGUUUCUUUAUUUUCUCGGAUAAAUGUUUCAUAUCUCUUACUCCUGAAACAGUCCAUGCCGUGUCUGUCCCAGCCGUUUUAUAGAGCAAACACGGGAAGCAAUAUAAAGCAUUUGCAUGACGAGAUCCAGCUAGCCAAGCCUUCCUCUUGUCACUGUGACAGUGUCAGUGUCACAGUUACCCACCGCACUCACGCAUGCUCACUUGGCUUGGGGCGAAAUCGAUUUUGCCCCACUGGGUAUCGACGUCGCUGAUUGGAUAAAUUUCUGUUGCGAUGUCGAAUCUCUUGUCGGUCAUUGGCUGCUCUGCCGCACUAAAGGGGCGAUUUCUCUGGCGCCCCAGCAGCUCAGCAGAGAUGAGCAGGAAACUAGUUUCCCCGAAAAUUCUAUUUAAUAUUUUGUACAUGACAUGUAAUUGCGAAUUUAAACAUGCAUGGUGCUAAUAAUAACUGAUUAUUGUUUAUUUUAAAAAAAUAUUUAUUUUAAAAAUGAAAACUAAAAAACACCGGGGGGCGGCGCCCGAGUGCCCUCUAUUGGCCAGCUGCCACUGAGUAAAGCUAUUUAUUGUUUAGACCAGGGGUGUCCAACAUGCCGUCUGCGGGCCUAACCCGGGCGCGGGCGGGCGAAUAUUCGGAUACCAAAAUUAAUAUCCGGAUACCGCCGUAGCGAACGAAUAUUUGGAUAUUCGGGUUCAGCCCUAGUUAUUUGUAGGUUAUUAUGCUGUGAUUUUACUGGUCUGGUCCACUGGAGAUCAAAUUGGGAUGAAUGUGGAACCUGGACUAAGAUGAGUUUGACACUCCUGGUCUAGAUUGUAAUUAUCAUUAUCAAAGGAUGGUAUAUAUCCCAAUUGGUUCUUUAUGAGGCUAUUUCGACAGGUUAAAAGACCUAGAUUAGUUAUAAUCAAUGCCACAGAACAGGGAAAGUAAUGCAGAGGCAUAAGCAUAUUUGCAAAAUAGGCAUUUUAAUCAUAGUUGUUUGACCAAGAUUAAAGCAGCUGUGGAUGUAUAUAAACUAGGCAAUAUAAAUUUGACAGAAUAUUACUUUAUGGCACAACGCUGACCCAAGUAAGAGGAGUCAAAGAGCUUAAUUGGCCAGUAUUGUGUCAUAUAGUACAAAUGAAUUGGGUUAGGAAGUUGCUUUCUUGUCAUUUUCUCUUUAAAUGUGGCUCUAACUUCCCAUAAGGUCUCUGACUGGCCUCAGGGAUAAAGUGUGUAUAAAACAUUUUUUCAGCAUCAUUACAGCAUAAGUAUCUUCUCGAAUAGAACACGUUUAGUGUCCGCUGGGGUGGAAAGCUUUUCUUGGCUCGCCAAACACGGGGAGCAUCAACAUUACCAAAAACACAAGCCGCUGGUACAUUGUCAACUUUUCUUUUCUAUGAUGUGACGCUACUUUAACGCUCAGAGAGUUUAUCCAAAAAUUUCUCGUCACCCUAACUGUGUAUACUGAAGCGCUUUCCCAUAUUUUGGUAGAUAAGUCACUUGCUUGUUUACAGUUGGGUCUCAACAAAGUCUAAGAACAGUUCAGAGGUGUCGACUGAACUCUCGUUUUAGUGCUCUUCCGUUCUCCGUAGAUGUAGAACUUCCUUCAGGCCUCUGUCUUGAAGACAUAUCUGCUACAAAAUUUUUUCAACCCCUUUGUAGAAUAAGUCUGUUGGGAUUGCUGUGGAAGCCAUCAGCUGCCCCCCAGCUGAUCUGGGGGCAGCUGAUGUCUAGCUGGGGCUUCUUCUGAUUGGUCAGAUGGUGUGAAUAUAUGGCCCAUGUUUCCAGGGAUCUAUCUAAAAUGUUAUUGUGCUGAUUGUGAAUGCAGGACUUGUAUGAAUAAAAACAUUUUGUCAUUAAUCUCAUUCCAGGCAAUAUUUUUAUUCGUGUGUGUGGUCAGCACUAGUCUUACAAAAACUUUGUUUUCUAAAAGAUAAUCUUACAAUUGCUGAAAUAUAGCUUGGCUAAUUGUCAUGUUACUGCAGCAUCAUCAACUCAGUCCUUUCUGUAUGAGUAUUACUGUCAGGAAGAUUCUUCAGUGGAGUCCUAACUUCUCAAAAUUAAUGGUCAAACUCGUUUCUCAAGUCAAAGCAAAGUUUAACUCGUGGGAAGGAGUCAGCAUGAACAGAGCACAGUCUGACCAAAUGACUGGUAAUAUGGGAAACAGUUUAUCUUUUAUACAGGCACAUAAAUGGUUUACAUUACCAUGAGUUACCAGAUGUUUGAUUUGCAGUGGGAUUAUCAGUUUCAACCUGCUGUUUGCAAAACCAACUUGGAUAUUUUCAUGCCCAGAGUUAACCACGGAGACUUACUGAGUUCACUGGGUAGUAUGAAUUCACAGUUAUACAGUAGUUUGAGAUCAUAAAGAGCAUUUAAUCAGAACAUUAUUAUAAUUUUAAAACAAUUACUUGCAUCAACCAAUCCAAUCCAAUCCAACUUUAUUUAUAAUGCACUUUACAAAACAACACAGUUGACCAAAGUGCAGUACACACAUAAAAUAUAUAAGACAUUAAAAAGCAAUAAGCAAAAAAAUAAAAACAGGUAUAAAAUUACAACUUAGAGUGAAUUAAAAGCUAAAGUAAAAAGAUGUGUUUUAAGAGCUGAUUUAAAAACAGGCAGUGAAUCGAUCUGUCUAAGGUGCAAAGGUAGUGCAUUCCAUAAAAUAGGACCAGCGACAGAAAAAGACUGAGCACCUCUCCUUCUCUUGUUUGACUUUGGGGUCACCAGCAAUGAAAGAUCAGCUGAUCUGAGGGAAUAUGCUGGUACAUAGGGCUGCACCAGCUCAGUCAGAUAUUGUGGUGCAAGGCCAUGAAGGCUUUUAAAAACAAAAGAAUUUUAAAAUCAAUUCUGUAGCGUACGGGAAGCCAAUGCAAAGACUUCAGGAUAGGAGUUACGUGCUCCCUCUUUUUAGUCCCAGUCAAGAGUCGAGCUGUUGCAUUUUGUACCAACUGUAGACGAUACAAGAGUUUUUCUUCAAGACCGACAUACAGCGCAUUACAAUAAUCAAGACGGUUGGUCACAAAAGCAUGAAUUAAUAUUUCAAAAUGCUUCGGAGACAGAAUAGGCUUAAUUUUAGCCAGUUGUCGGAUUUGGAAGAAGCUUGUUUUUACAACUGAACUGACCUGCGCUUCAAGUUUGAGGGUGCAGUCAAAUUUUACACCCAGAUUCGUGAUCACCGGCUUAAAAUACUGGCGCAGGGCACCAAAAUCAUCCUGAGCCGGGGUUCCACUGCUAGGCUCAAACACUGUCAUUUCCGUUUUACUGUCAUUUAAAAACAAGAGAUUUAAGGACAACCAGUCCCUGAUUUCCUCAACACAGUCAAGAAGUUGUUUUACACUAUUGCCAUUUCCAUGCUUCAGUGGCAUGUACAAUUGUGUAUCAUCUGCAUACAGAUGAAAAGCAAUGCCAUGUUUCCUAAAAAUUGUUCCGAGAGGAAGGAGAUACAAAGAAAAGAGCAAAGGACCAAGAAUGGACCCCUGGGGGACUCCACAAUUUAGAGGGGACACUGCUGACUGAGAGGAGCCUAUCCUAACACAGAUUUCCCGAUCAGUGAGGUAGGACCUCAGCCACUCCAAUGCAGUACCCCAAAUGCCGACACACUUUUCUAAGCGGGUCAAGAGUAUCUGGUGGUCUACAGUGUCAAAGGCAGCCAUCAGGUCGAGCAAAACAAGAAUGACACUGUGACCACAAUCAGUAGCUUGAAGACCAUGUAACCAUGUAACCACAGAACCACAGAGUCCACUUUUAAGAUCUGUGGUGCAGUGAGUUGUUAAAACACAAAACAAGCAUAAAUGCUGUAUUUACAUAUUGUUUUAAUUCUUUUGGGGGUUUGUUUGUGAGAUAUUAAACGUUAUCCAAUAUGCCCUGUCCGUGAGUUUAAAGGCUUACAAGAACUGUGUCCCAAGCCUGAUCAAAGUAGUUUUAUAUUUGAUUUUUGCAGAUACCUAAGCCCAUUUCAGUAUCAUAUUUAUUGAUUUUGCACUGAUAUUCCUGUCUGAGCUGCAGGCACAUGAUACAGGCCGCAAAAUUAUAUCGACCAAGUUCUAAAUGAUAUCUGCCACUGGGGAAUUUACCCCCACUUGAUUUAGUACAUGGAAAUCAUGAAGCCUCAAAAGACUUUGUCAUGGUGGCCCUUUAGCUUAACCCCCACAACACGAAUGCUUCUCAACACAGAAGUACCUACUUUAUGGUGUUAAAAAGUAAUGAUACCAAGAACCACAGCCAAGCUACAAAACCUAAAGUGUCUAUUAAGUUUGAAUAUGGCCCUGGGUAUCAGGGCCAUAUUAGGAGCAUUAUAUUGGGAGCAAAAUAAACCCUCACUGAGACAUUCCUGAUGACAGCUCGACCCAGUCAAUAAUAGCAGGAUUGUAGGAUGAGACAUGAGUUUACAGUUCUGGAAAGUCACCAGUCAGUCGAUAAAGCAUAGAAAUAAGAUAUCCAUGGAAUAACGUGAUCUAAAUUUAAAAUAUCUGGUCAAAAAUAGUGUGGCAGAGGAUGAUGGAGAGUGAACUUUAAUUGCCUAAUGGCUCUGUUUUUUUGUUUGUUUUGCAUUAGAGGGAGUUUCAGAUUGGUUCUCCUAAUACAUAAGAAGAUGGCAUUUUUUAAAUUUGUCAGAGAUUUGCUUUUUAAGGUUGAGCUAAAGUCAAUCUGAACUGAGUACUAGUCUUGCAUCGACAGUUUUGUGUUUUAUUACAGUGUACCUGUCUAGGAUCAAUAAAUUAUCAGCCUGGCUGAUUACUGAAGCCAAUAUCAGACACUUUCCGAUUACUGGUAUCAAUAUUUUUAUUAACCAUUUACCGCUAAAUAUGUUACAUGCUUGUUAGUGAAUAGCAUAAAAUUAUAUUGAUGGACUAAAUGUGUAUCUGACAGGAAGCACCAGAGCGGGAAAAUCAAGACAACACCUUCCAGAUGAUGGAUUUCACCGAUCUGAGACGCUGAAGCCCAGUCCUGUUAAAUAAUCCCUGUCUUUUCUUUAACCUUUCAGCUUUUCAUUGCACUUGGAGCACUGUGCCCCUGCUUCAGGGCCACAAGCAGGUCCUCUAGUUGGAGGGCUCCCAGGGACCUCUCUAUUGAUCGGACGGCAGGCUGCAUCCUUGCAGCUAGCACAUCUGAAAGCUCAACUUGCAUUGGCGCAGAUAAACAACGCUUUUUCUGUUGGUGGCCGAGCUGCAACCUUGACAGCGAACUCCAACACGCUUGCUCCAUACAUAUCUACAACACCCCCCUCCCCAACUGCAGCAGCCAUCAGUCUUCUGAACAUUCUGAAGAUUGCUAACACCAUGUCCCAUCCUCUGUAUAAUCCCUAUGCCUCUGGGAACCAAAAUUCCUCCCAGGGACAGUAUGGACACUCCAGUGUACCGCCAGAGAGGGACCCUCGGAGGACACCUUCUCACCUUGGACCUGGGUCCAACUUCAGCUCUUCUGGAGUUUCUUCUGCGACUUCUGCAAACUCCGGUGGAACAAUCCCAUCCCUGCUGUCUCUGCCAGUGACGUACAUCCCUAAACAGAGGAGGCCUGUAUUAGACGAGGAAAUAGAAGGGUCUGUAGACAUGCAUAUUAGCAGAGCCAGGGAGGAGGUGAGGCAUCAACCUGUCAGUCAGGACUCUCGAUUUACUGGCCCUCAAACAGGCAGGUUUGCUUCCUCCAGCACAGGGGGCAUCUCCUAUCCGACGCCCUCAACCUCUCAAGGGCAAAGACACACUGAUGUUGAAAGUGGCAGUAGCUCCUUGGACUGGUUGCAAGACUACAAAAGGGCCACUGAGGAUGAUUCAUCGAGAUUUUAUUCAACAUCUGCUUCGUGUAGCUUUCCCAGCAGUGACGACAGUAGGUUCGAUGCCUCCAGUGGAAGAGAACGUGGUAUGCAGUCCAUUCCAGGCUUAGGUGACUAUGACUAUCCAGGUCCAGACAAACUUGCUGCCCCGACAGAGUCCAGCCGCCCAAAGUACACUUCGGAAUCAGCUGCUAACAUCCUUCUGCACUUUGGACUUGAAAAAGAGGACUUGGAACAUCUAAUUUCUUUCCCUGAAAACCAGAUCACCCCUGACAAUCUGCCUUUCAUCUUGCGCCAAAUCCGUAUCCAGAAGGCCAAAAAAGGUACAACUGCAGAUCAGUCCAAACCCUACCCUGAACCCCAACCCGCCACAAGCAUGAGUAGUUCCAGAGGAGCAGGGAUGCACCUGAAUGAAAUGUCAUCAACUGUUCUUCAGCCAAGUAAAGUCAUUGACUAUGGACAUACGAGCAAAUAUACUGGAGGGGUUGGGGAUGAGAUUGGAAGGACCAGUGACAGUCGAGAAAAUAGUGGUAGCAGUGGAAGUAUGUUCCAGAUGAACCCUUACAGUGGUGGCAGUCACAAAAGCGGUACCUCGGUUCCUUCACAUGACCACUGGGCGUCUGGUGCCAGCCUCAGCUCUUCAUACAGUUCUAUGCAGAGCUCUGCAACUCCUCCAAGCAGUGAUCCAACUAAACGAUUGAAGACCCAACCAGACCAGACUUCUCAAACAAGCUUCUCUUUUCCUAUGCCAAAGAAAGACACAGAUAUAAGACUUUUCAAGACUGAAAUACCCAAUCCCCUAGUGACGAAAGAGUUAAAGUCAGAUAACCAGCAAGUGUCAAAAACCGAACCAUCUGGUACUCUAGUUCGUGGUGGGAAUACAAACCGACCUGGAAUUCUGCGCGUGGACGGUCAUGACAAGAGUAGCUCUAAGGAUCAGAGUAGUACUAAAGGACAAGGGUUAAAGGUGACUGAGCAGAUACAAAAGCAGCAGAUGCAGCCGAAGCAGUCCGAGCCACAGCUGAAGCAGCUGGGGCAACUACCCAAGCAGCUGGGGCAACUACCCAAGCAGCUGGGGCAACUACCCAAGCAGCUGGGGCAACUACCCAAGCAGCUGGGGCAACUACCCAAGCAGCUGGGGCAACUACCCAAGCAGCUGGGGCAACUACCCAAGCAGCUGGCACAACAGCAGCCAGUGAAGCAGCAGCAGCCGGUAUUGCAGAUGGGGCAAACGUUGCAGCCUCAAGGGUUUCCUGCUCCACGUCUAGUUCCUCCACCUUCUUUCAUCCCCAGCAGCUCAAGCACCUCGCACUCCAUUCUACCCCCGGUGUUUGUCGGUGUACCUCGGCCCUUGGUGACUCCUCCAGCUCUACCCCAGCCAGUGCCAGGCCUCAUGAACUUCCUUCCCAUGCAGAUGCCAACUUCCAGCAACCAGCGUGCAGCAACGGGGGAAGUGUCCAGGAAUCUACCAUCGGCGUCCAUGAUGCAUGACUAUGCUGCAGCCUCACCGAGAAUAUUUCCACAUACCUGUACUCUGUGUAACAAAGAGUGUUCUCAGAUGAAGGAUUGGAUCUCUCACCAGAAUACGAGUAUUCACCUUGAAAACUGCAAACUUCUGCGAAAACGAUACCCUCAGUGGGAUGGGGAGGUACCAUCAUUACCAAGAGCCCCAAGGAGCGAUGCCAAGCCCUCACCUUCAUCCUCGGCCCAAACUUACCAAGAACGUCACCAGAGAAGCAGCCGUGAGAUUCCUUCCCGCUCACGCAGCAGCCGAUCUCGUUCUCGCUCGUACAGCCCUUGCCGCCAUCACGGCUCGGAGAGUCGAAGGAACCGGCGCAGCAGCCGAUCUCGUUCUCGCUCGUACAGCCCUCGCCGCUAUUAUGGUUCAGAAAGCAGAAGAGAGAAACGUAGCCGAUCGCGAUCACCGUACAGCUCCAGAUACACUCGCAGGUCUCGCUCUAACUCCCCACGAUACGACCGGCCCACCUCCUCCCGUUACAGAUCACGUUCAAGGAGCCAUGAGAGACGAUCUUCACCGAGGAGGAGGGAUGAGAAACGUCGUGAGAGACGAUCGUCCUCGGAGAGGUCGUCCCCUCGGCGAAAGAGGUCGAGCAGCACAGACAUGCUGACGAAGAAACUGCUGCAGACAACAGCUGUCCAGUCUCUGUCGAGUCAGUCGGACCUGGAGACUGUGGUUAAAACUCUGGCUCCUGCUUUAUUGGCUGAGCUUACCAAGAUGAAGUCAUCAUCAUCAUCCUCAAAGAAGGAGUUGACCACAAAGAAAGCAAAGUCGAGUCUUCAGAAGAGCGAAGUUGAUGAGUCUUUACCUCCAAACGAGGUGAGGCUACACGGAGUUCGUACGAGUCAGUCUCACAGUGACGUGGUCGCUGCAGUGGAGCAGUUUGGAAAAACCAAAUCAGUUGUGUUGUUUCGCUCCAAAUUGGAGGCGAUCGUGCGUUUCGAGAACGUUGAAGAUGCUGAGAAACUGAAGAGCUUAAAGAGCAUUGAGAUAAAAGGGAUGCCAGUGAUUGUCAUCAGAGAGGAGAAAUCUCCUCCUAAGAAACCUCUUCCGAGUUCUGCAAAGAAGCCAACGAAGCCUCUUGAGCAAAAAUCUACGAAGUCCACUCAAAGCACUAGAUCCACCAAUGCUGGAAAAUCUUCAUCUCUGCCUUCUGCAGCCGACAGACCUAAAAUAGUCAAACUGGUCGCUAAGGCAAAAGUUUUGGUUUCCAAAGCCAAAAAUCAACCAACCAAGCAAACUGUCAAAAAGACAAAAACAGGCAAAGUAACUGCAAAAGGAGCUGUGAAAUCUGUUGAUGUAAAAAAAGGAGCUUCAAAAGUUGUAGGAUCCAACAAGCUCAACAAACCAGUAAAGAAGCCUGAUGCUGGUGUUUCUGAGAAAGAACCUGAACCUAAAACAUCUGAAACCAGCGCUAAAGAAUCUGUGGUGGCACCGGACGGUGAAACCAAUAAUGCAGCAGCUUCUGCAGUGAAGCCCGUGGCAGAACUUAGCAAACCUGUUGCUGAAGCUAAAGAGGUUAAAAGUAGUGAAUCAUUGGAGCUCGGAGAAACAGGAGUGGUGGAACCCAUGGAGGUUGCCAGUUCUACUGAAGGCAAAGGUGAAAAAGUGACAGAUACAAAGCCCUUACCAACCAAGUCCAGUGAGACUCAUCCACCGUCUACGGUUCAGACUGCAUCCAGUGUGUCUUCACCUGAACCCCCGACUGAUCCACCCGAGAAACCACAGCCAGCCGUUACAACUCCUGAAACCUCCGUCAAAGCUCCAUCGCAGAUCCAACAAGACACCAAACCAGAUCCAAAAUCCCCUGCACCAGAGACCAAGACGGAGGCCUUGCAAACCCAGCAGCAGACGGCAACAGGUUCAGCUGAAGGGGUGGACACCAAAACAAAUGAAAAAGAUGCUGUGACGACCCAAAAAGAUGCAGCACCAACCGUCGGUGUUUCGUCAUCGUCGACUGAAGCAGCAGCACCUUCUUCACCUCCUGUUGCCAAGCUGACUAUGGGGGACGAGAUAGAAAAACAUCUGCUGAAAGAAAGAAUCCCGAUUCUGAAGAUGGAGAAAUUGCAGAAUAAUAAGCUCUUUAAACUCAAUUACAAGGUGUUGUUAGUUAGCAACCUGCCGAAGUAUACGGACGGCCGCUACACAGAGCAGGACAUCGCCGAUCUGCUCGUCCCGUUUGGAUUUCAGUAUCACAAAGACUCCAUCUAUGUUGUUCCUCAGACAGGCAUGGCUUUUGUCAUGAUGCCAACUGUACAGGAGGUGAAAAACAUCAUGAGACCAGCACAGAAGAGGGAAAUUUUUCUCCACGGCUCUAAAAUCUCUGUGGAGGUCGUAAAACAAUACAUAUUUUUUGAACCGAUUGACUUUUAUAAAUCUCUGAUGAAACUGAUGCAUUCUCAGCCGGUGUUGGAUAAAGGAACUAGAACAGUCUUCAUCAGGAACAUCUCCCAAAGCGAGACCAAGGACCUCAGGGAAGCUCUGAAAAAAAUCUGUUCCGUCAGAAACUUCCUGCCUCUUCUCAACAAGGUGUUUGUUGAAUUUGAUUCCAUUCGUGAUGCCGAUCGCCUGGGAGUUUGGUUCAGCCUCCUGAAACAGACCCAUAACUACAAGCUGCUCCGGCUGGAAAUACCGCGAAGUGCAAUCACAGCACAACCGCCCAGGCUGGCAGCGAACGCCCUGCCCGACAGCAAGGACAUCGUUGCCGGGGCAACCAUCCCGACGACAAGAUCUGGAGUUCCUCACGGCAGCACGGCGCCGUUUUGGGUCACCAUGAAAACCAGUCCCUUUGUGUUUCCGACCACGUCUCCGUGGUUCAUCAUCCCAAAUUAUCAGACCGUUGACGUAGCACAGGACGUUGGGAUCUGCUCCGGUCUAGGUAUGAAGUUCUACACACUCAUGCUGACGGGUUUGCCAGAAGGAAACUACAGCCAAGAGGACGUGGCCAAGCUGGUGUGGAGUUACUUUCCCAAGCAGAACCUCCACUGGCUGUACUACAAUGUGACGGUGCUGACGCUGCAGAGGAGGGCCUUUGUGUAUUUCAGCAGCUGGCAAAAGUGCCGUGAAUUUAUCCGAGAUCACAUCAAGAGUCCGGCUUCUGUAAACGACUGUACGCUGAAAGUCCACAUAGUCCUGGAGGACAUACGUCAUGGAUCCAGUGAGGAGGUCAUGUACAGAAAUCUGAUGAAGUGGAGCAAUGCUCAUGUUCCAGAGUUGGAGUCUCUGGAGGACCGGCUGCUGUCUGUGGAGAUCUCUGAGACCAACAUGGACCUCAUCAUGCUGGUCAUGCACUUGGUUUCAUCCAUCGCUCCUUUCAUCAGCUUUCUGCCGCUCGCCAACCGGAUUCUCAUUGAGAUGUCUGAACCCAGUGGAGUCACAAAGGUGGUGGAGUCGGCCUCACAGCACCAUUUGACUGCAAUGGAAGCUUGGAGUAAAGUUCAGCGUAUCGAAACGUUGAAGAGCCUGAAACAGCGUUUACAAGACUCCAGUGAGAUCAUCAUAAAUCUUGGCCUGGACGCCACAGACGUCAGUUCCAGUCUUCCGGCGGUUUCUUGUGAAGCUCAGCCUCCUCCUUUAAACCCUGAUUCUGCUGUAGCAGCUGUUGGAUCUGAAUCCAUCACAGCAGCACCAGCAGACGUAGAAAUGAAGGACAGCGAAGAGAAACCAGCUGCUCAGGUCACCGUGGACUCCAGGAUUCCUCCUGAAGAUGUGAAGAAAGAAGUGAUGAGUGAAAAUGAAUCAGGAUCUGAGGUCACCGGGGACUCCAGGAUUCCUCCUAAAGAAGUGAAGAAAGAAGUGAUAAGUGAAAAUGAACCAGGAUCUGAGGUCACUGUGGACUGCAGGAUUCUUCAUAAGGAUGUGGAGACGAGCGAAAAGAAACCCUCUGCUGAGGUCACUGUGGACUCCAGGAUUCUUCCUGAGAACACGGAGAAAGAAGUGAAGAAGGAUGGACAGAAACCUUCUGCUGAGGUCACUGUGGACUCCAGGAUCCCCCCUGAAAACAUGGAGAAAGAAAAAGUGAAGAAGGAUGGACAGAAACCUUCUGCUGAGGUCACUGUGGACUCCAGGAUCCCCCCUGAGAACAUGGAGAAAGUGGAAGUGAAGGACGGUGCUUCAGCAGCAGCUUCAGUCUGGUCUGCUGAUGGAAACACCGUCGCUGCUGCUUCCAGCUCUGAUCCUUCAGCCACCAGGGAGGUGAAGACCCAGGAGGCAGAACUUCCUCCAAUCAACGAGGACGUUUUCAAGGUGAUCGCAGCAGCAGUCCGUCAGCACCGACUUGCUCUAAGAGGCGAGACGUCGAACGAAGACAGAGAGGUCCAGAGCCCCGGCAGAAACAGCACAAGCUCCAGAAGUGUAAAAAAUAAAGACACAGCACGAGGAAAGGAUCCGAGUGAUUUCACAGCCGACGUUGUUUCCUCAGACUUCUUUUCAUUCGACGAGCAGAGUUUUAACUUGGAGGACUUUGUCACCGUUGAUGAAAUCGUUGAGGACGACCAAAGCUCCUCUUCAUCGAGGCGGACCUCCAGAGAAGGACGAGGGCGAGAAAGCUCCGACGCUGCCAAACAGACCUCAACCAGGUCCUCUAAAGACUCCAAGAGCUCGGCCUCUUCAUCCUGCUCUUCGUCCAAACCCACUAAAGCCUCCGUGAGAAGCAGCUCAUCUUCUAGCUCAAAGUCUGCGUCGCCAAAGAGGCACCAAGACUCAUCAAAGCCCAGCAGAUCCCACAUCAAACCCUCUGCUGCUGGUAGAACCUCAGCUGAACCUCCGGUCUCCUCCGGUCACAGAGCUCAGCCGAGCAGCACCAAGUCUCCAGCCAGAGCGUCGCAGUCUUCAUCCUCAGGCCGCCGGACGCGAUCAGCAAAGACGGCAGCAGGAAGUCAUCAGUCGCACAGAGAAGAGGAAAAACCCACAGAGAGCGCAGCGGCAAGGUCUGACCACCAGGUGUCAGCAGAGAGCGCUGCUGCAAAAACUGUGGAGUCAGAGACGGAAACAGAAGCUUCAUCAGAGAUGCUUCCUCCUGCACAGAGACAGGAGUCAGAGGUGACGAGUCGAACACAGAGUCUGCAGAACGAGUCGCUCAGAGAGGAGGAGAUGAGCAAAGAAAGGAAAAAGGAGGAAGCUGACAAACACACAGAGGAGGAGGAGGAAGAAGAAGAUUACCAAAUCCUGGAUUCAGUGGAGGAGCAAACAGACGAACAGACGACUGAAGAGAAUCCAGAUGAAGCUCAGUCAGAGCAGAGACUGGAUGAUGGAGUCCAGCAGGUCCUGGACAGGGUGGAGGAAGAAGGUGGAGCUCGUCCAGAGGAAGGAAACGCUUCAGUCCGUGUGCUGGAGAGCAUCACCGAAGACCAGGAAGCUGCAGCUGAAGACGACCAACAUCCGAUGGAAGUGAAACAGCCGACGGAUAAAAACCCGAGCAGAGCAGUGGACAGCUCUGAUAAAUCUGCUGCUGAAGAUUCAGCCGAUCAGAAUCAAGACACAAGAAGCAGGAAAUCUGCGAGGAGCGGAGAAAGGAGGACCAGAGACCAAGAAAUGCCUUCAGAAGAAUCCUGCAAAGCCUUCAAAGAUGCAGGUGGAAGCCCAGACAGUAAAGAAAAGCCUCCCAAAGGCCGAGACGACAAAGACGCUUCAACUGAUGUUUCUGAACAAGGAACCUUUGAGAUUCUGGAUUCAGUGGAAGAUCAGACCAGCACAGAAGGAGACGACCAGAAACCUCCCAGUGAGCAGAAACCUACAGGAGACACAACCACAGAAGAAGAUCUGUUCCAGGUGAUCGAUUCUGUGGAAGAUCAGACAGAGACGGAGUCAGAGAGCAACAACAAAGAGAGAAGAACCAAGAGAGGAGAAGCAUCGGCAACUAAAAGAGACGAAAGACCAAGCAGGAGGACCCCGAGGACCAGAACAUCUCGGAGUGAAGACAAAGAGAAAUCACCAAAGAAAGCAGACAGGACGGUCAGAAAACACGAGACUGGAACAAAGGACAGCACUGCAGGAAAAGACAAGAAGGAGGACAAGGAAGAGACACUCAAAAAGACGGUAGAUUCUGUGGACGGAGCCUCCACCACAGAAAGGUCUGGUAGAAGAAGAUCCACCAGAGGAAACAAAGAGGAGAAAAAGACGCCGAGUCACACAGAAGCCACCGAAAAGCCCGACAGAGAAGAAGAGAUCACCUACGAGAUUUUAGACUCCGUGGAGGACGAGGCCGCCGUCGACGAACCCACCGUCAGCACGAGGUCCACCAGAGGACGAAGCCAAAGAACGAGCCGGAAAGAAGCUUCCAACGCAACAAAAGACGACACCAGAAGGAGACGAACACCUGCCAGAGGUUCACAGAAACCAAACGAGGAGAAAGCAGCUGCAAAAGAGAGAACACCAACGAAGAAGAAGAGCGGCGCAGGUGAGGAGGAGGCCACCUAUGAAAUAUUAGACUCUGUGGAGGACGAUCAGCCAACAACUGGAGGAAAACCACGAAGGGGACGACCAAAGAAAGACGUUAAAACGGCUAAAAAACCCAACAAAGCAGCCGCCGCAGACGAAGAAGAAGAAGAAGAAGACGCUUAUCAGGUUCUGGACUCUGUCGGGGACGAAACAGUGGACGAUCAGCGUCACACAGACGAAUCCAAGAGUCCAGUUUGUGAAGAUGACGGCAGAAAAACAAAGAAAAGCUCAACAUCGUUGAUAAACGAGGAGGAGGAGGAGCCGAUGUACCAGAUCGUAGAUUCUCUGGAAGACGAUCAAGAAGAGAAGACGAACACAGAAGAGUCAGACAGACGGACGACGGAAAGAAGCUGGACUAAAGAUGAAGAUCCUGCAGCAGAAACAGGAGACCUAGAACCUGGAGGAACCUCAGCAGCAGAAGCAGUGGAGGAGAACCUGCAGCAGACAGGUGAGCUUCAUCCAGCUGCUGCAGAAAACAAGGAAAAGAGUCCAGAACCAGACGAAGCCUCGACCAAGAAGAAACAGGAAGCGGCUUUGGAAAGCUCUCUGAACCUGGACGAAGUGAGCGAGGAGGAGGAGGAUUACCCCGACGACAGCACCGAGGAGGAGGAGCUGAAGAAGAAACAGAAGCAGAUGAAGAAGCAGCAUGAGGAGAGGAGGAGCAGGGAGAGAGAGGAGAGGCAGCCGAGGAGUCGCAGAAGAGGAGAAGGAAGCAGCGUCGCCGUGACGACCAGGAUGGAGGCCGACGGCCAGCAGCUGCUGACUCUGGAUGAGGUGGGAGGAGACGGAGACGGGCGGCGUCCGGAGAUCACGGAGGGAGAGCUGCAGGAACUCGUCACUCUGGAUGAGAUCUGUGAAGAAGAGGAGGGAAAGGCGGAGCUCAGCAUGCCAGAGCCCCGCCCACUCUGCCAGGAGAGCCAAUCAGAGGCCUCCUCAAACCCACAGGCUGCAGAUGAAGAAGAAGAGAAAACCUCAAAAUCUGUUAAACGGAAACACGAAGACGACGACAGCAGCGCAGUUCUGGAGCAAAGCGUGAACUUUGUGACGGUGGACGAGGUGGGAGACGCCGAAGACGAGGAGAAGGAGGAGACAGAGAAGGAGGAGACGAAGGAGGAGGCGAGGACACCCAGGACCAGAGGCCGACCCAAGAAGAGGAGCAGACAGAGUGCUGUGAGAAAAUCCACCAGAGGGAAGACGGAGACUCCAGAAGAAGAAGGAAGCGUGGAUUCUUCUGCAGCGCAGAGCGACGAGCCGCCCAUCCAGAGGACGGAGGUGGAAGCAGCGAGUGGAGCCCAGGAGGAGGCUGCCUCUGCUGGGCAGCAGCUGGAAGGACAUCUGGAGGAGGAGGAGGGACGGAGCAGCGACGCCGACAAGAAACGCAGGAAGCAGCUGAUCGGACCUGAAGCGAAGAAACCUCGAUGUCAGUCUGCUGGUGGAGAAUUCAGUCUGCCUCCAUUCAGCAGCAGCACACCCCUGGGUGUGGAGUUUGUGGUUCCUAAGUCGGGUUUUUUCUGUGAGCUGUGUUCUGUUUUCUACCUGAAUGAGAUCAGCGCCAAGGAGACGCACUGCAGCAGCCAGAGACACUACGACAACCUGCAGAAACAUUACCAGAAGCUCAAACAGAAACUUUCAGGAACACAAAACCCUCAAAGUUGUGACUGACGGAGCAGAACGACUGAAGAUCUUCACCUGGAGGAGAAAAGCCAUCAGAGAAGGAAGCUGCUGCUGCUCAUCACAUGAAGUCCAUCCUCUGGUUUAUUCUGGCUUGAAGAUGCCCGAAUAAAAUCAACAAAGAACUCAAGUGUGAAAGCGAACUUUAUGAUGAAAUAUUAAAAAGUGCAGCGAUGAUGAAACUACAAACUAAAGGUUUCAGCCUCGGUGCCUUCUUCUUCUUCGCUGCCUGCAGGUUUUGUCUCCAGGUUCAUCAUGAAUUUGAGCGAAAUUUGACUUUUAGACUCGACGGUUGUGCAGCAGAACGCCACCAGAGGGCGCCGCUGGUCCAGAGAUGCACCGGGGCUGAUGGGAAAUGUAGGAAACGGAGUGUUACUGCUGUGAAUGGGAGCCUGUUGACAAAUGAAACGUAGAAUUUAAGACGCUUUAUUAGCCGCCAUGCUAAUGCUAACUAGCAUCAACGCUGCAGCUUGAAUUGAUAAAGAUUCGUUUGACCUUUGGAAAGACGAGUUCAUGUGAAAAAUACUUUUAUUAGGAGUAACAAUAAAAAACUAAUGAUUUAAAUUCUUCAUCGUUCAGUCCACAGUAGCGUUCAGGAGGCCAAAGAGCCACUUUUAUGUCCGGAUUGUGUUUUUAUUUCUAUGAAAUCUUCACUGUUUUUACAUCAAAUAAAUCUGUAAUCCUCCGUUAGAACCUUGUUUUUACUUCAGUUAGUUGAACUCGUAGUAAAAUCAGUAAAUCUGAACAUUAAAACGGGUCUUUUGUUCCAAACAUCCAAUAAAACCUGUUUUAAUGUUUGUUACCUGGAA